UGAUUUUACUUUCUGUUUCGGAGAAACGUGAUUGAACUUUGCGUUGACGUUUCAAGACAAUUUUUCCCACUCUGAGCAACAUCUGUCGAUGGAAAACACAGAACCAACCCGAACCUGUGAAACAUGCCACAAGGAGGUGGCAGAGGCCAACUUCCCUCUGCAUGAGAGCCACUGCAAACGAUUUUUGAGUGUCUGUCCUGACUGUGAUGAAGCUGUCCCCAAAGACCAGCUGAGCCAGCACUUUGAGGAGCAGCACACCAAGGUGAAUUGCUCCAAGUGCAACAAGAAGAUUGAACGGUGUCACCUCGAGGAUCAUGAGGCGGAGGAGUGUCCGGAGCGUCUGCAGAAGUGUACGUUCUGUGAACUGGAGGUGCCGUGGAGGCAGCUGGAGGAGCACACUGUGGUCUGUGGGAGUCGCACGGAGCUUUGCAAGGACUGCGGUCGCUACGUCAAACUGAGUGACCAAUCAGAGCACAGUUCAACCUGCUCAGCUGCCGAAGGAGAGGACUCGACUCAAACUCUCAGCAGUGCACUAGAUAAAACGGAGAACAGAGUGAGCUGUAGAAACUGUGGGAGAUCAUUUCUGGAAAAAGAGAUAGACCAUCAUAAGCUGAAGUGUUAUCAAGAAUCAAAGCUGCUCUAUGAAGAGGUUGACACCAAAGAAGAAAAGUGGGAGGAUAAAGAUGACUUAUUCAAGCAGCAGAGUCAAGACCAGCUGAGAAGUGCUUAUAAAGCCACUUCCCAGUCACAUGCAGGGAGACGGGGUUUGUGGGUCAAUGAUGACCAGGACCAGAUCAGCACCUGCCCACAUUGUCAUCUGGCUCUGCCGGUCCCAACACUGAAAUGGCAUGAGGCAAAAUGCAGAGUCCAUGUUGUCUUGAAAGACAGAGAGGGCUAAGGACAGAGAAAAGUCCUUUGAAUGGGUCUCCUGAGAGUAAUGAUCAACACAAAGGCCAUCAGCUGCCAACUUAGAAUGUGUUUACAUUUUUUUGUUUUGUCAUUUUUAAUGUUAGCUAAAUCAUCUCUUAAAAGUGGGGUAUUGUGUAUUUUUAAGUCCUGUUUAAGUGCUGUUGUGUCCAAAUUUUGAAUAGUACGUCUGUACUGGGAUGACGGGUGUGAAAUUCACAGUGUUCUGCUGCAUCAGUACUGGUGACUUCAUUGCCUUGUUUUAGUUAUUAGUAAUGAAUAGAAUUUUAUAAUGCUAUUUAUUCCCCAAUCAAAUCCCCCUAGUGACUAAAUAGUAAUUAGUUGAAUUAUUCACCAAGAAGGCAACGCUAUCAGCUUUAGCAUCUCCAAAAAUGCCUUUCAUCAGCUAAGUUUUAUCUUCAUCACUGCAGACAGAGCUCCGCAUGGCAUAGCAUGAGAUCAAGUAAUGUUAUCUUGUCAUUGCCACAACAUUCGAGUAAUACUUGUGUCAGUUUUGUGGCACGUUUAAGAUGUAUAUAUUAACUAGAGCAUACGCUCAUGCCUUUAAAUCUUCUGACAUUACUAAAACAAACUUUCUAGUAGCCUGGAAAACCUGGAAAUCACAUUUUGUAAUGUAUUUGCAAUAGUGUCAUAGAGACAUCAGCUUCCCUCUUGUUUAAACUCCUGACAUUCAAAGGAAAGUGGGAAUUCAUCCCGACAGAAAAAACACUUUUGGUUUCAUAAUAUAUUUUUUAUGAAUGUGAAAUUACAAAUAAAAUCACCCAAUAAAGUGAAUUUUGUGUACUUUCA